GGGUCCUUGCGUCGCCCCAAGUGUUCAAAUUCAGCUUCAAGGGGUAAUAGUUGCACCUACCAAGGAUGCAUGGGUGGAAGGUAAUCUGAAUACUUUGAUUAUGAUCUCAAAUGUAAACGGUCUCACAAUUGAUGGAAGUGGUGGAUUAAUCGAUGGCUACGGUUCUGCUUGGUGGGCAUGCAAAUCUUGUCCACGACCAUCGGUUCUUAUUAUCAAUUCCUGCAAUUCUGUUAGUGUUACUAAUCUGAACAUGAUUAAUAGUCCAAAAUCUCACAUACACGUAAAUGGUUGUGAGGGUGCCACAUUUUCUCAUAUUAAUAUUAGUGCUCCCGGUGAUAGUCCUAACACUGAUGGAUUUGACAUUUCUACUUCCAAAAAUAUCAUGAUCGAAGAUUCAACUAUAGCCACCGGUGAUGAUUGUAUUGCCAUCAGUGGUGGCUCCUCCUACAUCAAUGUUACUGGGAUUGCUUGUGGACCAGGCCAUGGAAUAAGCAUUGGCAGCCUCGGUAAAAAGUUUGAUACAGUCCAAGAAGUUUAUGUACGAAAUUGCAGCUUCAUAAGAACUACAAAUGGAGCAAGAAUCAAGACAUUUCCAAAUGGAAUGGGUUAUGCGAAACAAAUUACUUUUGAGGAUAUCACCUUAGAACAAACUCGCAACCCAAUAAUUAUAGAUCAAGAGUAUCGUGAUUUAACGAAUCAAGCAGUUGAAGUCAGUGAUGUGACAUACAGAGGAAUUCAUGGAACAUCUCUAGAUGGAAGAGCUAUUACCUUAGAUUGCGGCGAGUCUGGUUGUUAUGGAAUUGUAUUGGAUCAAAUCAACAUUGUCUCUUGUUUAACAGGAAAGUCUGCUUCGUGUUUUUGCAAUAAUGCUCAUGGAACAGCUACAGCUACAAAUCCAAAUUGUACUUGCUUAUUACCAUGAAAUCCUUGUUACCCACUCAAACAUAUCUAUAAGUGAAAUAAUGAGUAUUAUCAUAUUACUUUUUCAA